GCCCGGAGAGGAGCCCAACCGAAGAGGAGGACGCCAAUUAAUUGCUGCACGCAGCAGCAGUUUCGGGUUUCCACGAAUAACCAUUUAACCAACCGACCGGCCUCGAUGGCACCGCGCGCCGCCCUCCUCCUCGCCGCGGCGCUGCUCGCCGCAGCUGCGGCCGCCUCCUCCGCCUUCCGCGCCGAGGCCACCGGCGUCUUCCAGGUGCGCCGCAAGUUCCCAGCCGGAGGGGGAGGAAGUGGAGGUAACGUAAGCGCCCUCCGGGCCCACGACAGCAACCGCCACGGCCGCCUCCUCGCGGCCGUCGACCUCCCGCUCGGCGGCCUUGGGCUCCCCAACGACGCCGGGCUGUACUACACGGAGAUCAGGAUAGGGACGCCGCCCAAACGGUACUACGUGCAGGUGGACACCGGCAGCGACAUCCUCUGGGUCAACUGCAUCUCCUGCGACCGAUGCCCCCGCAAGAGCGGCCUCGGGAUAGACCUGACGCUGUACGACCCCAAGGGGUCGUCGAGCGGGAGCAUGGUGUCGUGCGACCAGGGAUUCUGCGUGUCUACCUACGGCGGCAAGUUGCCGGGGUGCACCACGAGCAUCCCCUGCGAGUACAGCGUCAUGUACGGCGACGGUAGCUCGACAACUGGGUACUUUGUGACCGACGCUUUGGAGUAUGAUCAGGUGUCAGGGGAUGGGCAGACGCGGUCUGCCAAUGCCAGCGUCACCUUUGGGUGUGGUGCUCAGCAAGGUGGAGAUUUGGGCAGUUCAAACCAAGCCCUUGAUGGGAUUCUUGGUUUUGGCCAGUCAAAUACAUCAAUGCUAUCACAGCUGGCUGCUGCUGGUAAAGUAAAGAAGAUAUUUGCUCAUUGCUUGGAUACCAUAAACGGAGGUGGAAUUUUUGCUAUUGGAAAUGUGGUGCAGCCAAAAGUAAAAACGACACCAUUGGUACCCAACAUGCCGCACUACAAUGUGAACCUUAAGUCUAUUGAUGUCGGUGAUACCACACUACAGCUCCCAGCUCAUGUUUUUGAAACAGGCAGAAAAAAAGGUACCAUCAUUGACAGUGGUACAACCUUGACAUACCUUCCAGAACUGGUUUUCAAGGAUAUAAUGCUUGUGGUAUUUAACAAGCAUCAGGAUAUAACCUUCCAUAAUGUCCAAGAUUUUCUGUGUUUCCAAUAUUCUGGAAGUGUUGAUGAUGCAUUCCCAACUAUCACCUUCCAUUUUGAGGAUGAUCUUCCACUGCAUGUGUAUCCACAUGAGUACUUUUUCCAAAAUGGGAAUGACUUAUAUUGUGUGGGAUUCCAAAAUGGUGGAUUACAAUCGAAGGAUGGAAAGGACAUGGUGCUUUUGGGAGAUCUUGUCCUUUCAAACAAGUUGGUUGUCUAUGACUUGGAAAAUCAGGUCAUAGGGUGGACUGAUUACAACUGUUCAUCUAGCAUUAAAAUUAUGGAUGACAAGACGGGUGCAAUAUAUACCGUUGAUGCACACGAUAUCUCCUUUGGAUGGAGAUUUCACUGGCACAAGUCCCUGAUUUUGUUGUUGGUGACAAUGGUGUGCUGCUAUUUAAUACGCUAACUCUGUAGUACAACACAAACACUGAUGAAAAUUCAUUUGAUUUAUAUUCUUUUCACGAAAAGGAAAGGUAGGGCUUUAGAUUGUGUUCUCUGACCACGGAAAACAAUGAAAACAAAAACAUUGUACACUACACAAUGAGCCUUUUUGUGACUAGUGUAAUGCUGAGGUGAGAAAUAUAAGGUGAGAAAUACAAGGCUGCACGUCCCAUAAAAAAAAUUGAUUUGUAUGUGUCGAAUAUGAAUUUUCUUUCUGCUGUUUGCGAUACAGUAAUGUCUCGUCAUUUCUUUGGGAAAGGAAGUGUUGUUGAAUAUGAACUUUCUUUCUGCUAUUUGUGACACAGUAUUGUUGACAUUUCUUUGGAGAAAAAAAGGUGGUCUCUGAUGAAUAUAUGGCGACAGAAACCCUAUAGCCUGGACUGGAACAACUAGAUGCCGGAGAGUUUAUUGGACCCCGUUCUGUAGCUGAUAUUACUACCAACUCGCGACGACACUGCUUUGUCGAAGCACUAGGCCACCACCAAGCCCGUCGAACCUCGUGAGAAUCUCGCGGCAAUUUGGUUGCUGCGGCACGUCUCCUCCAUAUAGAAAGAAGUUCUUUUGCCCUAUAAAUAGAAGAGCCGUCACAGCUGUGGUCCGUCGUAGUGGAGAACCGUGGGCAAGUCCGUUGUGGUGCAUGCGGUCACCCCCUAUCUUGCCGGAGUUGGACCGUCGAAAUCGCCGACACGUACAGAACCGGCGCAGGUUGCUUCUCCUUUCGCUUUUCGCCAGACUGCUGGCCGCCAGAGAGGAGAGGAGAUCCUCGCUUCGCUUCUGCUGGUCCACACCCCUCUCCUGCUCGCGCCGCGCCACGGAGGCCACCACACGGUGGCAGAACCUCGCGGGAGCAGAU